UUAAAACGUCACAAGCCAAAUUUUUUGGUGAAUUGUUAAAAACUCAAUUCCAUUUUGGUUUUUAAUUUAUAAUUUAAACAAGAAAAUAGUAUUAAUAUUCACAAAAACAAGUAGCAAUUGUCAUGCUCAUUAAGUUUAUUCUACUAGAUAUUUUCAUAUUUACCUUUUCACGUAUUUCACACGCGACUUUAUACAAUUCAACCACUCCACUUUUACGAAAAACUUACACAACAAAUUAAAAAACAAAAUAAGAAAUAAUAAAUAGAAAGCAGAUUAUUUAAACAUAAAAAUGCUGCAAAACCGUUUGGGUGUUACAUUCACCCAAGAAAACCCGCUAUGGGUAUCCUGGCACGAUUCGCAAUUGAUCCCGUCUCUAAAUCCUUCCAAUGUUAUGGAUUACUUCUCUCGCAAAUCAAAUCCUUUCUACGAUCGAGUGUGCAAUAACGAGACAGUUCGGAUGCAACACAUGAGCUUGGAUCAGUUAAACAACAUGAUUGGAGUGGAGUAUAUUCUUUUGCAUGUGGCCGAACCAAUUUUGUAUGUGAUCCGGAAGCAACAUAGACAUAGUCCAACUGAAGCAACUCCAUUGGCUGACUAUUAUAUAAUUGCUGGAAUGAUUUACAAGGCCCCCGAUCUAGCCAAUGUCAUCAACUCUAGAAUGCUUGCAACGGUGACUAACCUUCAAUCGGCAUUUGAAGAAGCCAGUAGUUACUCCCGCUAUCAUCCGAAUAAAGGAUACACUUGGGAUUUUGCAGCAAAUAAAGUUUUAUCCGACAAAUCCAAAGCGGCUACCAAGAAAGAUGCAUCUCAAACAAAAGACGAAAGUGGAACUAUUUUUCAAAUGCAGCGUGUUGAUAUGCUUCUUGUAGAACUUCUUCGUAAAUUUCCCCCACCAAUUCCACCACAAAUACAUCAACAACAGCAGCAGCAGCAACAACAGAACCAACAGACCAUACGACCGGAUGGGCAAGAUGGUAUGCAGGCAAUAAAACAAGAACCAAGUACAAAUAAUUCGAAUGUUUCUGAAGCCAGUCCAACUCCUGUGCAAGGAGGCGCUGAUAUUAAAGUCGAAAAUGCCGAUAUGAAACCACCACCUGAGAAAAAAAUUAAAAUGCAAUAAAAAUAUUAACAAAAUCAAAUUUAAUUAUACGAUAAAAAAGAUUUAACAUACAUGAAAAAAGCGUUAU